AUGCAUACCACCUCGUGGCUGUUGCUUUUUAUAGCAACCGUGUGUUGGGCUCAACAUGGGGAUGAUCGUUGUAAAGACAGAUCUUGCUACCCUGUCACUGGUAAUCUUCUCAUUGGAAGAAAACAUAGACUAAAAGCUUCAUCAACUUGUGGAACAUCUAAGAGAGAAAGAUUCUGCAUUGUCUCUCAUUUAGAAGAGCAAACGAAAUGCUUCUAUUGUGACUCGCGAACAGAAUGGCAGCCGUAUAGGGAACCCUAUAGACUGAGUCACCGAAUUGAGAAUGUUGUUACUGACGCUUAUGAUAACAACAACAAAAACAAAAAAUGGUGGCAAUCUGAAAAUGGAAUGCAGAAUGCAUCUAUCACAUUGGAUCUAGAAGCCGAGUUCCAUUUCACUCAUUUGAUUAUGACCUUCAAAUCAUUCCGUCCAGCUGCUAUGAUUAUCGAGAGAUCAGCUGAUUUCGGGAAGACAUGGAAAGUCUAUCGUUAUUUUGCUUAUGAUUGUGCUGGAUCUUUCCCCGGUAUACCUGAAGGUGUUCCUAAGAAACAUGAAGAUGUUAUUUGCACGAGAGCCUAUUCUGACGUUGCUCCAUCUACUGGAGGAGAGUUAGUCUAUAAGGUUAUUUCUCCUCAUAUUGCCACCGAGAAUCCUUAUGCUGAAGAAAUCGCCAAUUUGCUCAAAAUAACGAAUCUAAGAUUCAAUUUUACCAAGCUUCAUACAUUGGGAGAUGAUUUACUAGACUACAGACCCGAAAUAGACGAAAAGUAUUAUUAUGCCAUUUAUGAAAUUGUUGUUCGUGGAUCUUGUUCAUGCUACGGACAUGCUUCCCGUUGUAUUCCGAUUGAUGGUAGUGAUGGAGAAAAUCGUCCAGACAUUGUUCACGGACGUUGUGAAUGUAUGCACAAUACGGAAGGCUUGAAUUGUGAACGGUGUCGUGACUUUUACAACGAUUUGCCAUGGAGACCAGCUAUUGGUGAAGAAACAAAUGAGUGUCGUCGCUGUGAAUGUAAUGGCCAUGCAGCUAGAUGUCAUUUCGAUAAAGCUGUGUAUGAGCACAGUGGCUUCGUAUCUGGAGGUGUUUGCGAUGACUGUCAGCAUAAUACUCAAGGCAAAAACUGCGAACAGUGUAAGCCAUUCUUCUACCGUGAUCCUCGUAGGGAAAUUUGGGAUCCACAUGUCUGCUUGCCUUGCGAUUGCGACAAAAGUGGCUCAGCAAAUGAAGGAAUAUGCGAGGGAGAGGAAAACAAAGAGCUUAAUCUUGUUGCCGGUAAAUGUUAUUGUAAAACAAAUGUGGACGGGCCAAGAUGUGACCGCUGUAAAAAUGGAUAUUGGAAUCUUACUGCAUCUAAUGAGGAUGGCUGUACUAUGUGUACAUGCAAUCUUCUGGGUACCUACAAUAAUGAAGGUUGUGAUAAGUACACAGGAGCUUGUGCCUGUAAAAGAUUAGUCACUGGCGAGAAUUGUGAUAGUUGUUUGCCUGAGCAUUACGGGCUUUCGGAAGAUCCAGAUGGUUGCAAAGCCUGCGACUGUGAUAUUGGAGGUUCUUUUGAUAACAGCUGUGACUUAGCAACUGGGCAAUGCAAAUGCAGAGAAGGAUUUAGCGGAAGAAGGUGUGACACAGCAGAUUCCAGCUUUUACUGUGCGAACAUUGAUCACUAUACUUAUGAAGCCGAAAGGGCUAAUAUCACCUAUGGUGACGUUGAACUUCGUGAGAUUCCAAUUGAUAAAUAUCAGCACACGUGGACCGGAGAGGGAUAUGCUCGUGUAAACGAGCGUACUAUCCUUCAAUUCGACGUGGACAAUUUACAAAUCAGCCAACCAUACAAUAUUAUUCUGAGAUAUGACACAGCUAGAGAUCCUAUUGGAUGGGAGAAUGUUCAAAUCACCGUUUCCCGACCGGACAGCCCGGAUUCUAGCGGCCGAUGUGCUGAUAGUGAUCCUUCAAAUGACUUCCUUAUAGCACGCCUUCAUCCAGGAGGUAGAUACGUUGAGGUUAGACCAGCAGUUUGUUUAGAGAAAGGUGUGAAUUAUCAAGUACUUGUUCAAUUCGGAGAAAAAAGAACUGGUGUGCCGGAUAGAAGUGCUUUCGGUCUAGUUGAUUCCUUGGUUUUGGCUCCACCAUCGGAAGAGCUAGAAAUUUUCAAAAGCUCUAGAGGUCAACAACAUAAAACUGAGUAUGACAGAUACCAGUGUCGUAAUUUGGCAUUAGCCCUCACCCCAAGGGAACAGAUAUCCGAGACAUGUAUUCGUUACAUUUGCCCUAUUGCGGCUGCCAUCUUGAAUAGAACUUCUGAAUGUGAUUGUGACCCUACCGGAUCCGUUUCCAGCAUUUGUAAUGUUAAAGGUGGUCAAUGUGAAUGCAAGCCAAAUGUUAUUGGAAGAAGAUGCGAUCAAUGCGCUGUAGGAACUUAUGGAUUUGGCCCACAAGGUUGCAGCGAAUGUGCUUGCGACUCUGUAGGAUCCCUCAACAAUCGCUGUGAUAAGCAAAGCGGUCAAUGUUUAUGUAGAGAAAAGGGCAUCUAUGGUAGACAAUGUAACCAGUGUCAACCAGGUUUUUGGAGUUUCCCCGACUGCAGAGUAUGUCAAUGUAAUGACCAUGCAAACAUUUGUGACCAAACUACGGGAGCUUGUAUUGAAUGUCGUGAUCUAACUGCUGGGCAUUAUUGUGACCGUUGUCAAGAUGGUUAUUAUGGUGAUCCCAGACUUGGUGUUGGCUUGCCUUGUAAGCCCUGUCCAUGUCCUGGUGGUCCCACAAGUGGGUUCCAACAUGCUGACACGUGUUACCUCCGUCCCGCCAACAAUACUCAAGAUGUUGUUUGUAACUGCAAUGCUGGAUACUCUGGAGAACGAUGUGGGAAAUGUGCAACGAAUUACUGGGGAAAUCCUACAGAAGUAGGUGGAACCUGUGAACGAUGUGAUUGUAAUGGAAACAUUGAUAUGGGUGUCGAAGAAAGUUGUGAUGCAUCAAGUGGAGAAUGCUUGAAAUGUCUUCAUAAUACGGAAGGAGCUCAAUGUGAACACUGCGUUGAAGGGUACUUUGGAGAUGCAAAGAUCCGCAGUUGUCAACAAUGUGUGUGCAACUCGUUGGGAACCAAUUCUUCAAUUGGAGCUUGCAACCGAAUAACUGGUCAGUGUCCAUGUUUCCCAAAUGUUGUUGGUGAACAAUGUGAUCAAUGUGCCGAGAAUCAUUUCAACUUAUCGAGCAGUGCUGGCUGUUCUGCAUGCGAUUGUGAUCCCAAUGGGGUUUUACUCAAAUCGGAUGGCAACUCUGAUUUACAGUGUAAUACUUUUGAUGGUCAGUGCAAGUGCAAACCGGGAAGAGGUGGAAGAACUUGUUCGGAAUGUGAAGAUUAUUAUUGGGGUGACCCAACCAAGCCUGAUGGAUGCAACAGAUGCGAAUGUAACCCAACUGGCUCAGCUAGCCAACAGUGUCAUCGUAAUAACGGAACUUGUGCUUGUUUGCCUGGAUCAGGUGGAGCUCUCUGUGAUGAAUGCGCCAGAGGCUAUACUGGCAGAUGGCCUUAUUGUCAACCUUGUGGAGAAUGUUUCCAUCAGUGGGAUGGUAUCAUUCAAGGACUGAAAGAGCAAGUAGCUGAAUUAAUCAAUUCGGCUAAUAAUAUAGAAGAUACGGGAGUUGCUUCUGCAUAUGAUGCAGAGUUUGAGAAGAUGGAAGAAACCUUAGAAGAUACUAAGAGAAAGCUGGCUGAUGCGAAUAUCAGUAAAGAACACAUUGAGCAAUUAGAAGAGGAAGUUACGAGAUUGAAGAAAGAAGUAGCAGCAGCUCAUAACCGACUGGAUGGCAUUGAAUCAAGAAUAUCUAAUGCCACUCAAGCCGUUGAUUUUGCACAAGAAGAUUUGAAGGGACUCCAGGAUGAUGCUGAAAAAUUGACGAGUGCAGCAGAUGAUCUGAAUGAAAAGGCUAACAAGAUCAAGGAAGCAGAUGUUCAGGGUGCUUACAAUAUCACCAAAGAAUCCUCUACAAAAUCAGUUUUGGCCCAGCAGAAAACUGAUGCUGCUAUCGGCAAAUUGGCUGCAGCUGAGAGCGAAGCUCGUGCCACGGAAGAGCUUUUGGAGAGAAAUAGAGAAGAUUUUGAGAAACAAUAUUCAGAAAACGAGGCUGCCUUAUUAGAAAAUGAAAAUGCUCUUCAUAUGCUUGAAGAAGCCCUACCAGCUCUUAAUGGAGAUGUAUGCGGUGCAUCUUCGGCUCCAUGUGACUCUCUAUGUGGUGGUCCAGGAUCAUGCGGUUUCUGUGGUGGAAUGACAUGCCCCAAAAAAGAUGGUGCAGUCAAUAAAGCCGAGCAAGCUAAAAACUUCGCCUUGGAAGCCGAUCACAAGUUAAAUCAAAAACAGAAAGAGGCUGAAGAUGUUCUUACGAUGGUGCGUGAUGUGCAUCAAUGGACUGAGACAGCCAAGAAAGAUGCGAACGGAGCACUGGAUACAGCCAAAGACGCUGCUGAUAAAGCUAACAUCACACGGACUCAACUAGAUGAUAUAAUUGGGAAAAUGCAGAGUUUCUUGGAUUCUCCUCGCAGUAGCCCUGAAGAAAUUAGAACACUCUCUGAAGAAGUUUUGUCCAUGAAAAUCAGCUCUACGCCUGAACAGAUAUCUGAAUUAUCAGAAAAAAUCAGAGAAUCCUUAGCUAAGAUUAAUAAUAUCAAAGACAUCCUGGAUGAAACAAAAGAAAAGAAAGCUCUUGCUUCAAACUUAGAGCUCAAGGCAUUGUCAGCCAGUGAAAAGGCUGCCGCUAUCAAAAACACAACAGAUACAGUUAAGGAAGCUCUCGGAAUAGCAUCAGAUGCACAAACGGCAGCUUCGGAAGCUAUACUGGCAGCAAGUGAUGCAAUGAAAGACGCACGUGAAGAUUUAGAACUAGCCAAGAACGAAACAGCGGCGACAGAAGUUGCUGCAAAAACAGCAAAUGAAUCUCUCUCUGGGCUAGAAGGAGAAAUGAAAAAAGUGAAAGUUCAAUACCUCCAAAUAGCUGAUGAUGCUAAAAGUGCCUUCGAGUUAGUAGAUAAGGCAUUGCAAGCUUCUGCUACAGCCGAACAAGGAAACAAACAGAUGACGACUGAUAUCGAUACUGCCCGUACGCUAUUAGAAGAAAGAUCGGAAGGAAACGAUGGUCCUCAAAAAAGAGCCGAGAAUUUGAGACAACGAGCAUCAAAGCUGUUAUAUCAAGCAUUGAAACAAAACGAAGAUAUUGAUGCUCUUACAAAAGAUGCUUCCGAUGUUAAACUGGAUGAUUAUCAAAGAGCUCUCGAAGAACUUAGCUCUCGUUUAGAAUCGGUAACCAAAGAUAUACAUUCGAGAACAGAGUUUUACUCUCAUUGUGACUAA